UUCCAAAUCAAAGAAAGCUACAGCAGCUGCAACUCUCUCAGAUCUCCUCACUGCCAUCAUUCAAACUCACUCUCUCAUCACAAUCAAUCCACAAUCAAUUAAUCAAUUAAUCCAAUCGUGUAGAAUGGCCUGCAGGAAGAGGAAUUUAAGGGAGGAAGGAAAAAUCAGAAAUGACGCCGCGGCGGCGGCGGCGGCGCUCGGGGAUGCCUUGCUGUUUACCACGAUGUGCAUCAUUGGGAUGUCCGUUGACGUCCACGCCAGAGACGGUUCUGUUUAUUCUGGAAUCUUCCACACCGCCUCUCUCGACAAUGACUAUGCAAUUGUGUUGAAGAAAGCAAGGAUGAUCAAGAAGGGUAGACUAGAGGGCAAUGUAGUUAAUGGAACAGUCGUGGAAACGCUUGUAGUUCAGUUUGAAGAUCUUGUCCAAGUUGUUGCAAAGGGAGUUGUACUUCCUUCUGAUGGAAUGAAAGGACAUAUUGGGGGAGAGGACAUCGAGGCUGCUGUAGGCUAUACUGAACGCUCGGAAAUGGAUGCAGAAGUGGUAAAAACAUAUCAGUCAAAAGCGAACCAUGAGGACUCAAACGCCGACACUGUUUUUGAUGAUGGAAGGCAUGUUGAGAAUGGCUCACAAGAAACACACAGAGAUUUCCGAAAUCCCCUCAAGUUUCAAGAGAAGCGAACACUCAGAAUAAAUGGUGAAGCUCAAGAGCCAAGUCUGAGCAUCACCAGUUGUGAAGCUCAAUCAGCUGCUAUCCGUGUUCAAGAGGGUGUCACGUGCCUUGAAGUGCAAGAAGUGUCUAGCGGCCGUCCUCGUGCACUUGAGGGUCAGAAUCAAGAGAAGGCUACCACGAAUGGGACUGCGUCAGCUGUGUUCCAACCAAAGCACUCUGUUGCUUCAACUCCCACUAUCAAUGUAAAAUCAGAAUCAUGCCUCAGUGCAGCAUCGAAUCCCUUCCUGUUGGUCCCUCCAAAAGGUUCAAGUGUCAAAAGAGAUGCUAAGGAAUCAAAGCUCAAUCCUGGAGCUAAAAUGUUCUGUCCAUCGAUGAUGCAACAUAGAACAGUGACUCCUCCUGCAUUACCUAAUGGAGCUACUGAUUUUUACAUGACAAGAAGCUACACAUUGACACCAAUGGCAAGUGCACGUGAAGAAGUUGAUGGAAAUUCGUUUGAUCAUUCCUCUGUGCCUGUUAAGUUUGUACCACAUAAUAAUGUUACCUAUGGGCAUGGCAGCAAUGAUGCACCAUAUGUUCAACCUGUUAUUGGACAAGUGGUGAACAGAACACAACCUGUUAGAUUUACGGGACAAUAUCAGAAUUUACAAACAAGCUAUGCUUAUGGCCAUCCAAACGUGCAAAAUGUAUGCCAGGGGGUUAUGCUUGGAAGAGGGCCUCUUGCUUGUAUGCAUCCUGUUUCUAGUGAUGUUGUACAGAGUGCAUCUGGGUUCUCUCCAGCAGCUAUGCAGCCUGUACCGACCCUGCAUCAAGUGCAUCCUCCUAAGAAUCAUGGAAAUGCUCCGGCUCAGGCGCUGCAGCUAUGCAUGACUCCCCCGAUUAUGGCAAAUGUACCCCAGCCUUUUAUUGUCCCAAGUCCAAUUCCGGUUUCACAGCCUCUGUUUCCCGUACUGCGGCCAAUUGCAGUUCCAGGGCCCAAUGGCUUCUUCAGUACCAAGUUCGCUUGAAAUCGUUCCUUUUUCAUGAAAUUUUGACAUAUAGUUCGGUCUUCUUCAAGUUCAUACAAAAUUCACUUUCUUUUUUUUCUUCAAUAUAUAUGUACACUUUGGUUUUUUGAGAGAUUAGAGGCAUUUUUACUUUGUAAUUUGAAAAUUUUGUCUAAUUAUUUGUGUGAUUCUGUUUUUGUUCUAGAGGUGUUGCCUGUUCCUUCCAUAAUGAGCUUCAAAACAUUCGGCUUGAUGAAUUAUUGUGUAACAGAAAUUGAUUAAAUUAUUUAUACAUUCUUUUUUGUUCGUGCAA